GAACCAGAUCUAUUGAUUUCGACUGCUUCCACUACAAAGCCCUUUGAUCUGGGAGAUCUCAGUAUUGAGGCACCCAGUGAUCCUUCUGGUAUUCUUUCUAAGCAUAUCUUCUUAUGAGUCUCAUUAAGUGUUAUUGCAUUCACUGCGAUAUUCUAUCAUGGCAUUAAUUUAAGUUGGCAAGCUCUUAUGGUAAAUGAAAUUCGCAGGCUUCGAAAAUUCGGAUCAUACAGUGAAUUAUUGGGGAUUCUCAAUCUUUCCUUCGGCACCUAGAAUCAAAACCAAUUUGCUUAAGUUAGCUAAUCACUGCAUCGAGGUUGUUAAUCAGAUAAGCGCAACAAUAGCAGGAGAAAGGGAAGAAAGCAUCUUUCAUCCAGAGAAAUAUAAUUCUGGAAUGGAUGGUGACAACCAGAGUGCUUAUGCUAACACUGACUCACAAUGCUGCAGAAUGGGUCUUGUCUAGAAGAGAGUACAACAACACUCUGAAGUCUGAACCCAAGCGUUGACAUUUUUGUGGUCAGGACCAGCACAGUCCACCACUUGAGUUCUAGGUUCCAAACAUUCCUAAUGUACCUUUGUAACUUUACUCUCGUGGUUUUAAGUAGAACGUAGGGGGCUAAGAGGUUGAGCGAUGCUCCCUCUUGAGAAACUAGGCUUUUGGUGAUAUUGGUUAAGAUGAUUGUAAUCCUCCAUUGCUACCUGAAGAUGACUCUGUACUUUUUUUUUACACCUGAAGUAAUAUCUUA